UAAAACCCUAAAAUUACUUCAAAAACCUGUGCACAAGCACUCAGCCGUGGCACAGGGUCCCCAGCACCAGCGAGCUCGCCGGCUUCGCCGGCUCGCCCGAUAAUUCUAAAACCUCUGAAAAACACUAGGUGGCAGUAACACUAGCAUUAUUUGGUGCUAACGAUCAGUUCCGCCCAUUUCGUUCCGAGGCCUCGCGGUUCCGCCCAUAGGAAUAGUCGGUUCCGCGACAUGUAUUGUUAAGCCGUUAUCACACAGCCUCUAGCAGUGCUGAAAAGGAAGGGCGGGCAGGCUUCCGGCUCCCGUCUCCGUUCUUUUGCCUACUCACUUUGCCAGACCCUUGACUGAACCGCUCUGAAUACACAACAGUCAACAUAAAUAAUCGAGAUGAACAUUUGACGUAAACACUGUUGUUAGGUCAGGAUCGGCCCCAGCGGAAGCGGAGGACACCCGGGAAGGAGUGCCUGAAGGAUGAAGGUGGACUUCACACUCAAGCGAUUUCCAAUCAAUGGGCGGCUCAAGGAGCACUGUGGCCUGCCCUUCAGCUGCGUGCUGCAGCCGUACCACCGACUGAGCGAGAAGGAGGCGGCGGCGGGCGAUGCUUCGUCGGUGCGCAGCGAAGCCAUUGCGCGCUGCUCGCACUGCUAUGCGCUUUAACCCCCCCCCCCCCC